GGUAUUUUUGGACAAUGGUCCAUCACUUUUGACACUUAAGGUUUAAAUUGAAGUCAAUGUGACAUAUAAUCUCCUUUGUGCUUCCUAAAUUAUCAGUAUGUGUUGUCUGUGAUCGUUGAAGUGUAUCUGUCAUACAAAUAUUUUUAAAUCUAUCUAUUGUACGUGUGCUCGUUUCUAGUUAAAUAAAGCCAAGUUUCUAUUGGUAUUUCGUUUCCAUGUAUCAAUUUAAUUAACUAGUGAUAAUGACGGACUCGAAGAAUGACUCUAAAGAAUCUUUAUCACAUUCUCUAGCAAGAUAUUUACGCCCUGAAAGGUUUGAUGUUGAACCCACGGAUCCCGCUGCUGGAGAUAAGUGGGUGCAUUGGCUGCGUACAUUUACAAACUUCCUAACUGAACAUGCCCCUGAUUUUGGUGACGUAACGGAUUCCAUAAAAUUAAAAUUAUUAUCGAACUACUUGACAACCAGUAUAUUCAUUCAAAUCAAAGACUGUCAAAGCUACAGGGACGCCAUUAAUAUUUUGAAUAAAACGUACGUUAAACCUCAACAUGAAAUCUUAUCCCGUCACGUCCUCGGAACACGGAAACAAAAGCAAAGUGAAAGUAUUUCAGAUUACAGCCGAGCUUUGCAUAUCCUUGCACAACAGUGUAACUACUUCCAGGCAGUCUCAAUUGAAGAACACAGAGACCAAGCUAUACAAACCGCCUUAAUAGCUGGUAUUCUGUCACCUAAAAUUCGGGAACGAUUAUUAGAAAAACAAAUUAUGUCUUUGGACGAAGCUUAUAAUCAGGCUGUCACUCUCGAAACUGCUGAAAAGGACUCUGUAACUAUGAGUAUGAGUGUCCAAAAUACUAUGAAUGCUUUGCCAGUGCCAAUUCCACAAGAAUUACCAGCACCCUUCAUACCGCUUCAACAAAACGCUGCAGUCCCGCCGCUACAGAUAUCAAUAAAGCGUUGUUUCUUCUGCGGUGGUAAAGUACAUCAAAGAAUAAAGUGCCCCGCCUUUCACGCCUACUGUCAAAUGUGUACUAAGAAGGGUCACUUUGCUUCUGUCUGUCGUUCCCGUGGCAAUCCUUCUACAAGUAACGCCAUCCCAAGCCCCGUCGCUCCAGUCGAGUUCUCACCGUGUCCAUGUUCUCACGAAACAGUCAACACUUUAUACUCUGCGGCAUCUCCGUCAAGCCUAAAAAAGGCACAAUAGCUAUUACUAUUAAUAACACCCGUGUCGACGCGUUAAUUGACACAGGAAGUUCAGUGAGCUUUAUUGAUAGAAGCAUAGCUCGGAUGAUGAAGUUACAGCAACGUCCGUAUAAGCAUACUAUUAAUCUGGCGUCUCUAAGCCACACAUCAACAGUCAACUGUGUAUGUUUCGCUACGCUAGAAAUAAACAAUCACAUUUACAAGCAACGUCCUUUUCUCGUUAUUGACAACCUAUGCGCGGACGUCAUUAUUGGUCACGACAUACUAAGGAACCAUUCAAAGCUCGAAUUCCAAUUCGGAGGAUCUAGACAGCCCUUGCAUAUUUGCGUGAUGGAAGCUUCCGUACCACCAGCUUCUAUUUUUACUAACUUGUCUGCAGAUAUUACUCCUAUUGCUAUCAAGUCCAGGCGCCAUAACAAUGACGAUGAAGAAUUUAUUCAAACAGAAAUAUCGAAGCUUUCAAAUGAUGGAAUUAUCGAAAAGAGUGUAUCUCCGUGGCGCGCCCAGGUACUUGUUGCUGGUGGAGGAGCCCAUCGAAAGAGAAUGGUCGACUACUCCAGAACAAUCAAUAAGUUUACAUAUCUAGAUGCAUAUCCAUUACCAAGUACAAGCUCACAUUAAACGAACAAAAGUGUAAUUUCAGCAAAAAUUCUAUUAGCCUACUAGGAUACACGGUCAAGAAU